UUCUCCUUACAUCAGAGCGUUUUUAAGUGGUCACUUAGUUCUUUUUUCCUGUCCCCUUCGUAGCCUCUCGAGCUUGAUGGAAGCUACCAACGCCGACGUGCCUCCAGGCACCGGAAACUUAGUCACCGUGCUUAGCAUUGAUGGCGGUGGCAUUAGGGGAAUUAUUCCCGGAAUUAUUCUGGCUUUCCUUGAAUCAGAGCUCCAGAAGCUGGACGGUGAGGAUGCGAGAUUGGCGGAUUAUUUUGAUGUAAUAGCAGGAACCAGCACUGGCGGCUUAUUGACUGCAAUGGUGACUGCCCCCAACGAAAAGAAUCGACCAUUAUAUGCCGCCAAAGAGAUCAAGGACUUCUACCUUGAGCAUGGCCCAAAAAUCUUCCCGCAGCAAACUCACUUGCUCUCCGAUGUGGUGAAGCUCGGCAAAAUCCUGUCUGGACCAAAGUAUGACGGCAAGUAUCUACACGGCCUUCUUAGGGAGAAACUGAAAGCCACAAAAUUGCACCAGACCCUGACAAAUGUGGUCAUCCCCACAUUUGACAUAAAGAUCGUUCAACCCACCAUCUUUUCCAGCUUCAAGCUGAAGAGAAGGCCAGAAUUAGAUGCCUUGAUGUCAGACAUAUGCAUCGGGACAUCUGCGGCGCCCACUUAUCUUCCAGCUCACUAUUUUGAGACCAAGGACGAUAAAGACAAAGUGCUCAGGGAGUUUAACCUUAUUGACGGGGGCGUUGCUGCAAAUAACCCUACUCUCGUAGCGAUGGCAGAAGUGACAAACAGAAUAAGCGCAGAGGAGAGGAAAGAGUUUGGGGUAGCAGCGAUGCAGUAUGACAGGUUUCUGGUAAUAUCGUUAGGAACAGGGAAUCACAAACAGGAAUAUCGAUACUCUGCUGAAGCGGCAGCUGACUGGGGCAUCCUCAGCUGGCUGUCCAGCAACGGAUCCAACCCCUUGAUCGACUGUUUUGGCCAAGCUAGUGCUGACAUGGUUGACUUCCACCUUGGCUCUCUUUUCCGAGCUCUCUACUCCGAGAAAAACUAUCUCCGCAUCCAGGAUGACACUUUAACCGGCGACUUGUCUUCGGUAGAUGUGACCACCGACGAGAAUUUGAAAGGUCUCGUCAAAGUUGGUGAAGAUUUAUUGAACAAACGAGUUUCUAGGGUUAACUUGCAAACGGGAGAUUUCGAGGUUGCUGGCCAUGAGACUAAUGCCGAGGCCCUCAAAAGGUUUGCGAAACAACUAUCUGAAGAGAGGUGGCUCCGCAAGUCAAGAGCGGAGGGACAAGCCUAGAGAUCCAAGAAGCUAUCAGCAGCGGAUUCGUUUCUAUCUGUGUCUUGUGAUGCUUGUGUUAAAUAAAUGCCUGUGUGGCACCAAUUCCCUCAACGAUGCAGCAGGCGUAAAAUGUUUCCAAGUUAAAAUAAAUUCAGCUGAUCGUGAGAUCGCUGUGUAUCAUUAGAAGAUUUGUAUUGUGCCCAUUGACAUUAUUUUUUUCCCAACCAAGUUGACAACUUGACAUUGGUAA